CUGCAGUAGAAGUGCUGAGGCCAGAAGAGCCGCCAUUUUGAAUGUCUAGUCUGUUCCUCCCUCCGUCGCAUAUAGAAAAGAUUCCAGUUAUUACCUGGUAUCACUACGGCUGAGGAUGCCAGCUCCGAUCAGACUGCGGGAGCUGAUCCGGACCAUCCGGACGGCCCGGACCCAGGCAGAGGAGCGGGAGAUGAUCCAGAAAGAGUGCGCCGCCAUCCGCUCCUCCUUCAGGGAAGAGGACAACACCUACCGCUGCCGAAACGUCGCCAAGCUGCUCUAUAUGCAUAUGCUGGGCUACCCAGCGCACUUUGGCCAGUUGGAGUGCCUGAAGCUAAUUGCGUCCCAGAAGUUCACUGACAAGCGGAUAGGGUACCUGGGGGCCAUGUUACUGCUGGACGAGAGGCAGGACGUCCACCUACUAAUGACUAACUGCAUCAAAAAUGACCUGAACCACAGCACACAGUAUGUUCAGGGUCUGGCGCUAUGCACACUAGGCUGCAUGGGCUCGUCAGAGAUGUGUCGCGACUUGGCUGGCGAGGUGGAGAAACUCCUCAAAACUUCAAACUCCUACCUGAGGAAAAAGGCGGCCCUGUGUGCUGUCCACGUUAUCAGGAAGGUCCCAGAACUGAUGGAGAUGUUCCUACCGGCCACGAAAAACCUGCUUAGCGAGAAGAACCACGGUGUACUUCACACAUCUGUGGUUCUACUCACUGAAAUGUGUGAGAGAAGUCCAGACAUGCUGUCGCAUUUCAGAAAGCUGGUGCCUCAGCUGGUGAGAAUCCUGAAGAACCUGAUCAUGUCGGGGUACUCGCCCGAACACGACGUCUCCGGCAUCAGCGACCCCUUCCUGCAGGUGAGAAUAUUGAGGCUACUGCGAAUUCUAGGCAAAGGUGACGAUGACUCCAGUGAAGCUAUGAAUGACAUUCUUGCACAGGUUGCAACCAACACAGAAACGAGUAAAAAUGUUGGCAAUGCCAUUCUUUACGAGACUGUUCUAACCAUUAUGGACAUCAAGUCGGAAAGUGGAUUAAGGGUGUUGGCCAUCAACAUCCUCGGACGCUUCCUCCUCAACAAUGACAAAAACAUCAGAUACGUGGCCCUGACGUCCCUACUGAAGACUGUGCAGACAGACCACAAUGCUGUGCAGAGGCAUCGGAGCACCAUCGUAGACUGCCUGAAAGAUUUAGAUGUUUCCAUCAAGCGGCGGGCGAUGGAGCUCAGUUUCGCCCUGGUCAACGGCAACAACAUCCGGGGCAUGAUGAAGGAACUGCUCUACUUCCUGGAUUCCUGCGACCCAGAGUUCAAAGCAGACUGCGCAUCCGGCGUCUUCCUGGCCGCAGAAAAGUACGCCCCCUCCAAGAGAUGGCACAUAGACACAAUCAUGAGGGUCCUGACCACGGCGGGUAGCUAUGUCCGGGACGACUCUGUCCCUAACCUAAUCCAGCUGAUCACCAACAGUGUGGAGAUGCACGCCUACACUGUGCAGAGACUCUACAAAGCACUGCUAGAUGACAUCUCACAGCAACCCCUGGUGCAGGUGGCGUCGUGGUGCAUAGGAGAGUAUGGAGACCUGCUGGUGUCUGGCCAGUGUGAAGAGGAGGAGCCCAUCCAGGUUACUGAAGAUGAGGUGUUGGAUGUGUUGGAGGGCCUCCUCGUCUCCAACCUGUCCACCCCUGUUACCCGUGGUUACUCCCUGACAGCCAUCAUGAAGCUGUCUACUCGUUUCAGCAGCGUAAAUCGCAUCAAGAAGGUGGUGUCCAUAUACGGCAGCAGUAUAGACGUGGAGCUGCAGCAGCGGGCUGUGGAGUAUAAUGCACUUUUCAAGAAAUAUGAUCACAUGAGGCCUGCUUUACUGGAGCGCAUGCCUAUCAUGGAGAAGACCUCCACCAAUGGCCCCACAGAGAUCGUGCAGACCAAUGGGGAGACGGAGUCCACUGUGCUGGACACGAAACUAGCACCUGCUGUCCCUCAGCCAGCCAAUCAGGCUAAUGAUCUGUUGGACCUGCUGGGUGGCAACGAUGUAGUUCCUGUGAUCCAGACCUCAGUGCCCACCAAGCCUGCAUCCGCCGGGGGAGAGCUGCUGGACCUCCUUGGGCUGGGAGAUCUGUCUUUGACUGGUGGUCCCACCCCUGCCCCUGCUCCCUCUGUUCCCAUGUCCCAGCCCCCCUUCCUCCUGGACGGCCUGUCCUCACAAGCCCUGUUUAACGACACUGCAGCAGGUAUCCCCCCUAUGACGGCGUACAAUAAAAAUGGCCUGAAAAUAGACUUCACCUUCGAGAGGUCGAACCAAAACCCCAACGUGUCCGUCAUCACCAUCCACGCCUCCAAUACAUCAGAGGCCGAAAUGACUGAUUUCGUUUUCCAAGCUGCAGUACCAAAGACAUUCCAGCUGCAGCUCUUGUCCCCUAGCAGUAAUAUAGUCCCAGCUCUCAACCAGGGAAAUGUCACACAGGUCAUCAGAGUACUUAACCCACAGAAGCAACAACUGAGAAUGAGGAUCAAGUUGACGUACACCCACAAAGGCGCCGCUGUGCAAGACUUGGCCGAGGUCAACAACUUUCCCCCUCAGUCCUGGCAGUGACAUUGCCGAGCCGCUCUCCCCUCUUAAAAAAGACCCCAACCAAGGGAACUGUGAGAAAGAGUACCCCUCUCCUCCCCUCCCCCCCAACACCCCCACCUCAGCACCCCUCUUCCUCCUCCUCCUCGCCGCCUUCCACCAUCCAGGCCACCCCUCCUUGUGACAUCGCCUGCAGACAGACAGCCCAGCCCGCCUGCCGCCCCUGGGGAUGCAUGGGAGGCAGCGGCACCUUCUCUCUCUCUCUCCACCUACGAACCACCAAACCAACCAGACGACGAUGGUAUGAAGACCAUGACAACGACUGUGACAAUGAUGAUGCAUCAUCUCAGAUAUCAGACUAAAACAAAACAAAAAACACAAAACAGAAAAAAAAACAUAUCCGAAUGCUAAUUAAUGACUGUCUUUCUCUUGAUUUGGUCUCACUUGCCCAACCCAGCCCACCCCUUCUCUUCCUUUCUCUUUUAGUCAGCACUAAUUUCUCUCUUCCCUCUUACACACACACACACACACACACACACACACACACACACACACACACACACACACACACACACACCCCAUAUUCCUGCCUGCUUGGCCCACUUCCUGCCAUUCUCUUUGUGAUCCCCAUUAUCUCCCCCUCAAGGAGGCAUUUUGCUAUGAGCACUUCUUUAUUAUUCGUGUCUCCAUCUUUAUGCUUUUAAUCGUAACCUGAAUGACCAGGGCGUCAUUUUUCUCAUUUAUUUGUAAUGGACACAUUUGCAAUGAAUAGAAGUUAUGUGAAAUUAUGUACCCUUACCCACCUCUCAUGUGGUUCUAAAAAAAAAACACACACACAUUUUUCACUUCCAUCUGCUUAUUUUAUUGGCAAAAAAUAAUUUUGAAAUGGUUGUAUUUGACCCUUUAUCACUCAUACAGACCAGUUUUCCAUUGACAAACAGGAUAGUGCUUUGGGAAGCGAUAGGGUUGGUUUUUUCACCCAACAGCAUGAGCUUAGAGACUAGACAGUACCGUACAGACGUAUAGAUCCUUCAGAAAGCGUCUUCCGACAACACAGACAUGAGUAAGACAUGUGCAUUAUGGUUAGUACUGUCUCUAAAUGCAAUGUUUUCAAGUGGAGUGGUGAGACACCAUGCUCAUUUGUUUUUUCCAUCUUUUGGAGCAUUUGCCAUUUUCCGGCCUGAAGGGAGUCCUGAUCCACAGGCUGUGACGUAUCACCCCCACUAGAGUGCGCUCUUGAGGUGUGAUUGAGUGUUUGUGUUUGUUCCAGAGAGAUAAAUCCUCCAGUGGUUUAAUUUCAAGCGGUUGCUUAGGAGAUAACAUUAUAAAUAAUAAAGCGUCUUGGAUCCGAAUCCACAGCCCUGGUUAUUAGAACGGUUAUACAAAUUUUGCCCAUGGGCUAAACCCAAUAGGUGGCGCCCCACUGUCUGCUGAUUUGUGUACAUACUAGAUCAGUUUAGCUUGGCAUGAAAUUUGAUUCAUGGCGUUUCAUGGGUAUUCGUUCAACAGUCUCAUGAAAACUCUUGUCCCACUUGCUUUUAAUCUGGCUUUAGUUGUUAUGUUGUCCACAUGAGUUGCGAAUGUAGUUACAUGCACUGAAUGAUUUUUUUUUUUUUUUGUAGGCAUGAUAUUUUGAAGUUCACUUUGACAUUGAGCAGCACUUUUUCUUGUCAUUUUCUGUAGGAUUUCUUAUUUCUGUUUGUUCUGUUUUAUUUAGAUUGUUUCAAAUGAUGCCUGAUUGUUUUUUCUUUUUCGUUUGAAUCUUUGUGCCUUUCACCAGAACUGGUAGUUAUGAUGAAGCCUGGUAAACAUCUCGUGCAGCGGUUGUUGCCGUGUGUGUAAGAUCACACCGCAGGUUCACACGCCAUCAGAGAUGAAAGUCUGGGGUUUACUUAACCAUUUGACCCCUUUCAUUUCACAGCCCCCCCCCCUUUCACUCUCGAAAGAGAAGAAAAAGGUGAAAGGCCUACUAGGGAGGUGUGAUGCCUUCAGGCUGUCGUUAAAUCCUUGACCUGAGUUGGUGGUGGUUCUUUAGUGGACCAAAGUUGUGUGGAAAAACAUUUACCUGCAUACCUCGCAAUGUGUCACCAUUUACUUUCAUACACAGCCACGCCAUCCCGUUCACGUUUUUAAGUGCACGCAUACCUCCCACUACGGCACUCAUCCAACUCACACAUACUCGCACGUCGUUCAUCACUGAUUAGCUCUUCUUCGGCUAGCUUGGAGUGUUUGUCCAUUUGAAGGGACUACUCACCCAAGCUGCCGUGUCUAACAUUUAUGACCAAAUCAGAUGCUCACUUUGCUUUUUAUUUCUCUCUUCGCUUUUUUGUUUCUUUUCUUUUCGGGAAAUAUUUUGAGUGAUACUAUGUGUAUAUGGGGAAAAAAAUGCUUCCUUCUAUUUAGUUUUUCUUCGUUUGUUUUUUGUUUUGACUUUGCUACCUUGGCUUCUCCUGUGUACAUAUUGAGGGCUUUUAAGAUGCAUAAAACGUCUUUCUCAUCCCCCCCCUUUUUUUAGAUACCAACAUUUUUCUAAGACUUCCUUCCAGAAACUGCACAGUGUAUAUUGUCUUAAAGAUCUUAGUCCAAAAUCAUGGUCUAAUUUGAAGACUUAAACGCGUCUCAAUGUCUUUGGAAAAAAAACCGAAGUGUAAUAUCUGCUGCCUGUAUAUUGUACAUAAUUGUAAAACAAGCGAAAAGACAUGAUCAAAUAAAUUCCCAUUUGAGAAAAGA